AUGAAGUUGAAAACUAAAUCCAUCUUCCUUUUGAUCUUCCUUCUAUCACUCGACGCAAUCCAAUCGAACGACGAGAUAUCGAUCCUCCUAUCCAUCAAGUCGGGCCUGGUCGACCCGUUAGACCGUCUAACAGACUGGAAACAGCCCGAAAAUCGAGACCUCAACACCUCAGCCCACUGCAACUGGACCGGCAUACAAUGCAGCCCAGACGGGUCGGUCCAAAGGCUCGACCUUUCCAACAUGAACCUCACCGGCCCGUUUCCCGAUCAAAUCCAAGGCUUAAACAGCCUAACCACACUCAACUUAUGCUGCAAUGGCUUCUCAUCUUCACUCCCCAAAUCCCUAUCCAAUCUCACCUCACUACAAUCCCUUGAUAUCAGCCAAAACUUCUUUACCGAUCAUUUCCCAGCAUUUGGCCCGGGAUUAGUGUCGUUAAACGCCUCGGGCAACAAUUUCUCCGGACACUUGCCCGAGAUGCUCGAUAACUCGACACAGCUCGAAAGCCUUGAUUUGAGGGGGAAUUUUUUCGAAGGCCCAAUACCAAAAAGCUUCGGGAGUUUGAGCAAACUAAAGUAUCUCGGGCUAUCGGGCAACAAUCUAACGGGCCCGAUUCCGUCCGAGAUCGGACAGCUGUCGUCGCUCGAGACAAUCGUGAUCGGGUAUAACGAGUUCGCAGGCGGGAUACCGAGAGAAUUCGGGAACUUAACCAACCUAAGGUACCUUGACCUUGCGAUAGCUAAUCUCGGGGGCCAGAUACCGGCCGAGCUAGGGAAACUCUGGCUUCUCGACACGGUUUUUUUGUACAAGAAUAAAUUCGAAGGCGAAAUCCCACCGGAGCUCGGAAAAAUCACCUCGUUAGAGUACCUCGACCUGUCGGACAACUCGUUUUCCGGCGAGAUUCCGGUCGAGUUAGCCGAUCUCCAGAACCUGAAGCUGCUCAACUUGAUGUGCAAUAGGCUGUCCGGCCUGGUUCCGGACCGAAUCAGUGGGCUGAGCAAACUCGAGGUGCUCGAGCUAUGGAACAAUUCGCUCUCCGGUCCUCUGCCGGCAGAUCUCGGCGAGAAUUCGCCCCUCCAGUGGCUGGACGUCUCCUCAAAUUCGCUUUCGGGUCGGACUCCGGACUCGCUCUGUGCCAGAGGUAAUCUCACCAAACUCAUACUCUUCAAUAACGGGUUUUCGGGCCCAAUCCCGCCUGGUUUAUCCGCCUGCGCCUCUUUGGUUCGGGUUAGGAUGCAGAACAAUCACCUGAACGGUACAAUUCCGGUGGGUUUUGGCAAGCUCGGCAACCUCCAGCGGCUCGAGCUAGCGAACAACAGCCUCGCCGGUGAAAUCCCGGCCGACCUCUCGUCGUCGAUUUCGCUAUCGUCGAUCGAUUUAUCGAAGAACAAGCUCCGAUCGUACCUGCCGUCGUCCAUCCUCUCGAUGCCGGGCCUGCAGACCUUCAUUGCCUCGGGUAACGACCUGUUUGGGGAAAUCCCGGACCAAUUUCAGGAUUGCCCAGGACUAACAAUUCUCGAUCUAUCCUCAAACCGGUUCACCGGAAAAAUCCCGUCGAGCAUCGUCUCGUGUGAGAAGCUCGUGACCCUGAAUCUUCACAGCAACGGGCUAACCGGGCCGAUCCCAAGCCCGAUAGCCAUGAUGCCCGCCUUAGCCGUCCUAGACCUGUCCAACAACUCACUGACCGGCGGCAUCGAGAAUUUUGGAAACUCACCUGCCCUCGAGUUGCUCAACGUCUCGUACAACGAGCUUUCCGGGCCCGUCCCAUCCAACGGCGUCCUCCGAACUAUCAACCCAAACGACCUGGUCGGAAACCCAGGCCUCUGCGGCGGCGGCCUCCUCCUUCCUCCCUGCUCGAGAAUCUCCGGCAGCUCAUCGACCCGCCGGAGCCCACACGGAGAGAAUACUGCUGCCGCCUUCCGGGGGUUAGUAAUCGGGUUUUCAUCCCUGUUUCUUCUCGUGGUGUCAGCCCUCGGGGUCCGAUUUUUCUACAGAAAAUGGCGGGAUGGGACAUGCUUCGAAGAAAAACUCGAGAUGGGAAAAGGCGAAUGGCCAUGGAGGCUGAUGGCCUUCCAGCGGCUCGAUUUUACGAGCAGCGACAUACUCUCGUGCGUGAAGGAGUCGAACGUGAUAGGAAUGGGAGCCACGGGCACGGUUUAUAAAGCUGAGAUAUCGAGACUAAAUACGAUCGUGGCCGUUAAAAAGCUGUGGCGAUCCAUAAGUGAUCCGGAAAUGGGUGGAAGCGAUUAUCUCGUCGGGGAAGUUAAUUUGCUCGGGAGAUUGAGGCACAGGAAUAUCGUGCGUCUGUUGGGAUUAAUGCACAACGACACGAACGCAAUGAUAGUUUACGAGUUCAUGCAAAACGGGAGCCUUGGGGAAGCCCUGCACGGGAAAAAGGCUCGGAAUCUGCUGGUGGACUGGGUGACGAGGUACAAUAUAGCGGUGGGUGUGGCUCAGGGGCUGGCUUACCUGCACCACGAUUGCCACCCGCCCGUGAUUCAUAGGGAUGUGAAGUCAAACAAUAUACUGCUUGAUGCGAAUCUCGAGGCUCGAAUCGCCGAUUUCGGGUUGGCUAAGAUGAUGAUCAGAAAGGACGAGACGGUUUCGAUGGUUGCUGGGACUUAUGGGUACAUAGCACCUGAAUAUGGGUAUACACUCAAAGUCGAUGAAAAAAGCGACAUAUACAGCUAUGGGGUGGUUUUAAUGGAACUCCUGACGGGAAAGAAGCCAUUGGACCCUGAAUUUGGUGAAACGAUCGACAUAGUCGAGUGGAUACGUUGCAAGAUGAGAAACAAUCGGCCUCUUGAAGAGGCUCUUGAUCCUAGUGUGGGGAACACAAGGCAUGUUCAGGAGGAAAUGAUGUUGGUUUUGAGGUUUGCCGUACUUUGUACGGCCAAGAACCCAAAGGACAGGCCAUCCAUGAGAGACGUAUUGUUGAUGCUUGGAGAGGCAAAGCCGAGGAGAAAAAGUGGCUCGGGUAAUGAAGAUUGUGGUAAUAAUAAGCCGGUGUUUACUGCUUCACCUGUGAAUGGCCUUCUGUGA